CUAACCUGGAGCCCGUUGCAGAUAGUCAGCCACGGCCUAUUUCACCCGCUUCUUCCUCCAAUAUGGCUGCCCCUGGUGCAAGAUCUCGUUCCGAGCAAGGCAUACCACAGCACUCAGCUGCCCUGAGGGUGACUGAGAUUAUGUGCAUGGGUCCUUCAUCAGUUUGUUCACAAGAGUCCCACACAGACACGAGCAUCUCGCUUGGCUCAGCCGCCUCACUGCCAUCCCGAAUGUCAGACGACGCCGUCGUAUUUUUCCAGGAUGAGGUCCAUACCAGGGGCCGUCCCCCACACACCACUAAGAGGAGGGAAUAUAUCGCAAAUCUGCAACGUCGACCCGAGGAAGCCGAAGCCCGUGCUGCAGAGCUGCCUUCAAACUUACCCCGUGCAAGCCGCACGUUCUAAAAGUGCGUGGCCAUCAUGUGUUUGGUUGAUUUACCCUGGAGCAUACCGUCAAGAAACCAGAAUCUAUAUCCUCAGGAAUCCCUUGCGCCAAGGAUUUCGCGUCCGCAAUAGCGGUAAAUUUGGUCCGUUUCUCAGUUGCGAACCCUCUCUGGAGUAUCUCUCUGGAUCUCUCCGUCUGGGUCUUUCCCUUUGGAUCUCUCCCUAUGGACCUCUCUCUCUCCCGCAAGUCCUGCUUGCUACCCACACACGCUACAGUUUCCCUUUUACUCUCGUUUAAUGUCUUCUUGAACCUUGCCAGACCUGGCAGUUAUGGCCGAACACCUCUUUCUGGGACUUGGAUCCGUACACCCCGAGGCUCGUCGAUUAAUACCGGAUCAUCAUUCUUUAUCAACAACACAAGCCACCAUGAUGUUUUUUUUUUUUCUUUCUCUUUCUACUCCCUCGUCUGGACCCAUCAUCUCGGGACGAAUUUCGCGUCGACAACUCGGAGGAUCUGGAAGGGAGGUUGGUGGACUCUUGGGCUUAGAAAAGCAAGAUUAGUUUUUGCCUACUUCGACAUCUUGGGUGGAUACACAGGCUUGGUUUCGUUUUGAAUUCCUUCUUGUAUAUAUAGGGGCUUCUUUUUCCCUUUCGUACCUCGCGUGCUCACAUGUCAUCAUGGAGGGUUUUAUUGAUAUGGCUGCUGGAUGAGCCUUUCUUUGGGAGUCAUGGUGGGUUGGGGGGGGGGGGGAAUUUUGGGUGGUGCUCUGAGCGGAAAAUUAACGCCACGAAGACGGACACACGCCACCCCAGAUGGCUUUGGCUUCUCUACCAAACAACUCUACUGGGAGAACGGGACGCCAACACGCCAAUACAAGUCAGCAGAGAGGACCAGUUGCCUACUGGAAUCUCUUGAUGCGCCGCUGGCUUGGUUGGAAAAGGUCGGCGGAUAGAUAACUGACAGGAAGUUACAAGUACUGAAGACGAGUGCAUGUUCAC